ACAUACAGAUCCCUCCCUCCCUCCCUCCCUCCCUCCCUCUCUCUCUCUCUCUCUAAAUCACCUAUAAAUUCACUCAUAUGCUGUACCUAAACUACUAGCAUGGGCCAAAUUUACAUAUUCCGAAGCGAGAUGGGCUACAGAGAGUUGGAGAAGAGGCAGCUCUUCUUGAGAAGUUACCAGUUUUCAAGAAAGCAGAGCGUCUCUCACAGAAUCAAGACAUCCUUCUUCAGAGUGAAAAAGGCCAUUUCUCUUCGCUUCAAAUCCGCCACCAAGCUCAGGAAGACUCUCUGGUUCAAGCUCAGAAAUGGGCUCUUCUUCACCACUAGGAGAAGAAGGUCUUUUCUUCGCCUCCAUAGCUAUAACUACAACUAUUGCCUCUCGCGCCAAUCUUCUUGUUUCUCAGGAUUCAAGUAAUUAUUUACUUGUUCAAUUAUCACAUGCUACUUUUAUUUCAUUCAUAUCUGUUAAGGAUGUUUAGUUUCUCAGAUAUAUAUGUAUGGUUGUAAAGAUUAACAUGUUCCCAUGUUUUUUUUUCUUUUUUUGGGUAUUGGAUGGUAAAUACUUGAAUUUUUUUCGUUUUU